AUGAAGACUAUGUUGAUUCCUACUAGAAUAGUCACUAGGUGGAGGAUUUGCAUGGGUUAUAGGAAAUUGAACAAUGCCACUAGAAAAGAUCACUUUCCUCUUCCUUUCAUUAACCAAAUGCUUGAUAGACUUGCAGGGCGUGAGUACUAUUGUUUUCUUGAUGGGUACUCAGGUUAUAAUAAGAUAGAAGUGGCUCUUGAAGACCAACACAAGACCACUUUCACUUGCCCAUAUGAGGUAUUCAUGGAUGAUUUUUCUAUCUUUGGGGAUUCUUAUGAUGAUUGUUUGAACAACUUGGCCAAGAGUAGUUGGGUCAUUACAGUUUUGGGGCAUAAAGUAUCCAAGCAGGGUAUUGAAGUGGAUAGAGCGAAGAUUGAGGUUAUUGAAAAGUUACCGCCUCCUACUUCAGUGAAGAGUGUUAGAAGUUUUCUUGGGCAUGCUGGGUUCUAUAGAAGGUUCAUUAAAGAUUUUUCCAAGAUCUCCAAGCCACUUUGUAAUUUACUUGAAAAAGACACUCCUUUCCAUUUCGAUGAAGCAUGUUUGAAGGCAUUUGAAGAGCUAAAAGGGCGGUUAGUUUCAACACCUAUCAUUGUUACAUCGGAUUGGAGUUUGCCCUUUGAAUUAAUGUGUGAUGCUAGUGAUUUUGUGCCUCAGUUGAUUAGAUGGGUGCUUUUACUCCAAGAGUUUGAUGUGGAAAUUCAAGAUAGAGAAGGAGUUGAGAAUCAAGUAGCCGAUCACUUAUCAAGAAUGGAGGGUGAGAAAGAAUCCAGUGUAUUAGUGCCUAUUAAAGAAACAUUUCCGGAUGAGCACCUAUUUGAGGUAAGCCAAUCCCAAAUUAUUCCUUGGUUUGCUGAUUUUGCUAAUUAUUUGGCUAGUGGAUUAAUGCCUCCAGAGUUGACAAGCCAACAAAGGAAGAAAUUCUUGCAUGAUGUGAAGUCUUACUUUUGGGAGGAGCCUUAUUUGUUCAAGCAAUGUGUGGACCAAAUGAUUAGAAGGGUAGGCAAUAUCUCAAGGCGGAAUGAGCUGCCUUUAACUAAUAUUCUUGAGGUUGAGUUGUUUGAUGUGUGGGGUAUUGACUUCAUGGGUCCUUUCCCUCCUUCUUAUGGUAACUUGUACAUAUUGGUGGCUUUGGAUUAUGUCUUUAAAUGGGUGGAAGUCGUUGCUUAUCCCACCAAUGAUUCUAAAGUGGUCAUGAAAUUCUUACACAAGCAGGUUUUCACUCGAUUUGGGACUCCAAGGGCUAUCAUAAGUGAUGAGGGAACUCAUUUUGUGAACAAGUGGUUGGCUGGAUUGUUGGCUAAGUAUAAUGUGAAACAUAAGGUGGCAAUGGCACACCACCCCCAAACCAAUGGCCAAGCGGAGUUGUCGAAUAGAGAAAUCAAGGGUGUUCUUGAAAAAGUGGUGAAUCCAAAUUGUAAAGAUUGGUCCAAGAGGUUAGAUGAUGCUUUAUGGGCCUAUCGAACGACAUUCAAAACUCCCUUGGGCAUGUCUCCCUAUCAAUUAGUGUUUGGCAAAGCGUGUCACUUACCGGUGGAACUUGAGCAUAAGGCUUAUUGGGCUCUCCAACAACUUAAUCUUGAUUUGCAACUUGCUGGUGAAAAAAGGAUGUUGCAACUUGAUGAACUUAAAGAGAUGAGGUUGUUUUCUUAUGAAAAUGCUAAUCUUUACAAAGAGAAAACAAAGAGGUGGCAUGAAAAGCUCAUCCAACCCCGUACAUUUGAAGUGGGGCAGCGAGUUUUGCUUUUAACCUCAAGACUUAAGUUGUUUCCUGGAAAUCUUAAGUCUAGAUGGUCCGACCCGUUCACAAUUAUCAAAGUAUAUCCUUAUGGAACGGUUGAAUUGCGUGAUAAUGAAGGGGGUGAGUUCAAGGUAAAUGGGCAGAGAUUGAAGCAUUAUUGGGGUGGUGAGGUUGAGCACAACAAGACCUCACUCACCUUAAAUGAUCCAAGAAAGUUUUUGUUGGAAGGGCUGCUGUGCUUAUAG